UGCACGGUUAUGGCACCGACUGCGUGUGUAUCGCCUACUGAAGUAUGCACCAUCAAAAAAGACUGUACCAGUAGUCUCGACCCUUGCGGUCUGACCAGCAGUCAUGGCGAGGACGAUUUGUUGCAAUCUCGGUUGACGGCCAAGGAAUUGGUCCUAGAUGUGUUGAAGAAGCGCGCCGCAGAGGUCGAUGUCGACCACUGCGGUGCUGGCGAGGAGGAUGCUUUCUAUGUGGCGGAUAUGGGCGAGAUCUACCGCCAGCACAUGCGCUGGAAGAUAAAUUUGGGCCGCGUCAAGCCCUUUUAUGCGGUCAAGUGCAACCCGGACCCGGAGAUCAUUCGCCUGAUGGCCCAGCUGGGCAAUGGAUUCGACUGUGCCUCCAAGUCAGAGAUUGACUUGGCCCUGCAGGCGGGCAUUGAUCCCAGCCGCAUCAUCUACGCGCAGCCUUGCAAGACCAAGUCCUACUUGCGCUACGCCGCCGAGGUGGGGGUCAAACAGAUGACUUUUGACAACGCCGACGAGCUGUACAAGAUCAAGGCGAACUUUCCCGAUGCGGAGCUGUACCUGCGCAUCUUGACCGACGACUCCACCAGCUUGUGCCGGCUGAGCAUGAAGUUCGGGGCCUCGUUGGAUGUGGCUCGGCCGCUGCUUGAGCUGGCCCACCAGCUCGAGCUCAAGGUUGUUGGCGUGAGCUUCCACGUCGGCUCGGGCGCCGAGGACCCGCGAGCCUUCCUCAAAGCCGUCCAGGAUGCGCGUCUGGUCUUCGACCAAGCCACCGAGGUGGGCCAUGAGCUGCAUACCCUGGACGUGGGCGGCGGGUUCAGCGGUGACACGUUUGAAAAGUUCGCGGGUAUCCUUAGCGAUGCCUUGGACAGUUACUUCCCGCCGCACAUCCGCAUCAUCGCCGAGCCCGGCCGUUACUACGUGGCUCGCGCCUUUACCCUGGCCGCCAACAUCAUUGCGCGCCGCGAUGUCCCGGAUCCGCUGGACCCUUCUCGUGACGCAUACAUGCUGUACCUCAAUGAUGGUGUCUAUGGCAAUUUUUCCAACAUCAUCUUUGACCACCAGCACCCUGUCGCCCAGGUCUUGACCCGUGCCGCCGAUGCAUCGUCAUCCGGGUCUCCGAUUUCUGCGACAUCGGAGACCAUGUCCUACUCGAUCUGGGGCCCGACCUGUGACGGCAUCGAUGUCAUCACCAAGCGCAUUGACCUGCCCGGCCUGUUGAACACCGGCGACUGGCUCUACUUUGAGGAAAUGGGUGCCUACACCAAGUGCAGUGCCACUCGCUUCAACGGAUUCUCCGACAACCACGAGGUCAUCUACAUCUCCAGCGAGACCGGUGCUUCGGCUCUCCUCAACUACUGA